AUGGCUAUGACUAACCAGUCCAGUGAAGGCUCUGCCCUGGUACAUCAGCAGAUUUUUAGGGUAGAACUGAAUGAGGGGCCUUUGACUAAACGUAUUGUGGCCAUUCUCAUGUGCCUGCUUUUCGCCUGCAUCAACAGCGUCAUGUUUCACACUCUUUUGAGUAAGCCUGCGUUUAGAGAGCUGCCUCGCUAUAUCCUCUUUGCCCACAUGCUCUGUAAUGAUAGUGUUCAGUUAAUGAUCUCCAUGUUGCUCUAUGUUUUGUCUAUGAAUUUACCUCCAUAUCCUAAGGCCAUUUGUGCAUUGUUUUUAGUUGUGACAGCGACAACUUUCCGCAAUGCUGCAUUGAACCUGGCUGUGAUGUCACUUGAACGUUACGUAGCCAUAUGUUUUCCACUACGCCAUGGUGAGAUGGUGACUCGAAAAACAGCAAUUAUUUGUAUUGCGUUCAUCUGGUUCUUCAGUUCGAUAAACAUUUUGAUAGAUAUAAUUUAUGUACUGGUAGUCGAUCCAGCAUCUUAUAAAGAUCUCAUGAUUUGUACUCGACAGAGGUUUUUUCUGUCAGCAUGGCAAGUCGAUGUGUAUCAGGGCUCUAGUUACUUCUUUUUUGUGACUGUAACAGGAAUCUUGUUUUUCACUUACAUUAAUGUCGUGGUCGCAGCUCGAUCUGCCUCAGCUGAUAAAGAAUCUGCCAAGAAGGCUCAUAAGACCAUACUACUUCACCUUCUUCAGCUAGUGUUCUGUGUUAACACAUUUGUCUAUGUAAGCAUUGAAACAGCCCUGGCUAGGACCAGCAGCAGUCGCCUGUUCAAAGACUUGCGGUACCUGAACUUUCUCUUUGUUCUCAUUCUGCCUCGGUGCCUGAGCCCCCUGAUCUACGGCCUGAGAGACGAUGCUGUACGCCCCUUAUUCCUCUACUAUGUCAGGUGUGGAACCCAAAAGGUCAAACCCUCUGUAAGCGCACAUUGA